GUGCUGCAGGAGCAGCCCAGAGUUGUGGUUCCCACGGCCUCUUGGGCAGGCGCCAGUGCUGAGCUCAGAGUUUCCGUGCAGAGCAGCUCGUUCACACGCCAGAGGGUGGCCCUGGCCCCGAGAGUCCCGCUCCAGGGCAGGGCUGUGGGACUACAGGGGUUCUAGAGAGCCACCACUGCCCGCCCCACAUCUCCCCCCAGAGGACCUGGCUGUAAGGUGGAAGGACAGGAGCAGCCCCCUCCCUACAGGGGAAAGGUGGCACUUGUCCCUGUGGCCCUCUGUGAAGAAGGCUGUGCUAGCCUGCUGGCAAUCACAGCUCCCUGGGGACCAGCUGGGGUGGAGCAGAGCAGGGGGGAAGAGGCGGGGUACAGUCCCCAGCCAGGGUGGGUGGUACACCGAACCAAAACACAGCUCAGAGCUGCUCACAAACCCAAGCACAGCACUGUGGCACAGAGCGGCCAAGCCCCCUGGAGAGCCAUCGGCCACCGUGGGCAUCCCGAGCCUGCCUUUUCACUGGGCAUAAUGGCACCAGGCAGAAGGGACGCGUGCCGCGGGCGGGGGGCAGUGGGAACAUGUGCCACAGCCCAGGCUGCCCUCUGCAAGGCCACGGCCGGACACCGGCAGCUGGUGCUGCAGCUUGGGGGGAGCGGUGACAGCCCUCGGCUGCGUGAGGAGCGGCGCAGGAGGAGCGCAGAGGCCCGUGAGCUCAGCAUGGGGCUGCGGCGGACGCUGCUGGCGGGGCUGCGGCAGGGCCCGGCGAGCCCUGCGGAGAGGCAGGAGCUGGAGCGGCUCUGGGUGCUCUUCCUCUCUGCCCUGGAGCUCUUCCUGCAGGACCUGUACAGAGCCCAGCGCCUCUGCCAGCUCUUCUCCAUGCAAGGGGGUGGCGUUGCCCCGCUGCGCACUGGACUGGGGGGCUGGGGGCUGCCCAGCCGGCGAGGAGGGGGUCCCACACAGCCCCUGACCGCCCAGUGCUUGGAGGAGGAGAUCGAGCAGGUGAGGGCCACGCUGGCAGAGAUGGAGAGCAGAGCCAACAUACCACCAUGGACAGUGGAAGCCACAGAGACCACACUGCCAGCAGAGACAAGCGGCACCACACAGAGAGCAGCUUGGGGCGGCCCCUGUGCUGGGCACUGCUGUGGGGUGCUGUGAGCUAGGGGGGCAGGAGAUAGCAGCAAAGGUGACACCCCUGUCACAGAGCAGGAGACAGAGGUACCCCUAAAGUCCUCAACCCUGCCUUUGCAGGUGAUGGUGGGGGCUGCUCCCCCCCUGUACAUGGAAUGGAAUUGCUCCAUGCCCCCAAAUAUUGAUAAAGCAUCCAUUACCCCACAGGGAUCAGUAUCCCUUCCACCCUUCCUGCCCACACUUGCAGAGGGGCCUCUGGACACUCAGGGUGUGCUAGAGCUGCCACAGAAUCCCCUGCAGAAGUUAUAAACCUGCAUUUAUUUAUACAUUA